CGCCCAUUCGUUCUCCCCGAAGUCCACACACACAGAAGGCAACGAGGGGUGAGUAGCAGCGAGCUGCGGCGGUGGUUGGCCAUGAAGCUCACCGGCGACAUACCGCCAAAUCAAACAAUAUACAUUAAGAACUUAAACGAGAAGGUCAAGAAGGAAGGGUUCAGAGUGGGUACAUAUUGACCCCUCAAACUCCAGCACAAUUUAGUUUAGAUUGGGUUGUAUUUUUUUGAGGUUGUGGAGAGACUUGGAGCCACUUGAUUGUACGUUCUUCGUGUGGACUCAGCCCCUGUUUAACUGUUAUUGGUCAGCUACUCAUAGAUCUUCCUGCUGGCCUUCUCCGCGCUCUAUUUGCUUCUCCGUCAGUAGCUAGAGUUGGGAAUUAGGAUGAAGGUGAAGGUGAUUUGCCGGAAAGUGUGUGAUUAUGUCCGGUAUGACCUGAAAGAAAUUGCAUUCCCUUCAUCUUUACCUGACCCGCCUCAUAUAAAAAAGCGCAGGAAAUUAACUUGGAAGGAGCGAUUCCUUGUGUUGAAGGAAGCUUCUAGGCUUUAUGCUGCAAGCUGGGUAAGGGACAUUGGUCCUGAACUUCGACCUAAUGACUACAAAAAGAAACAAUAUGAUGAAGAGAUACUUAACGAUGAAAAUGGUGCCACUAAGCAGAAGGAGCCCUCAACAUUGGAGGACCUAGCCGUGGCUGCAAGAGGCGGCAUGGAAACUCUCAGGCCCGCACUGCAGCGGGUUUAUAUGACUAGAGCCGCAGCAUCUAGAGAUGCUCUCAAGAGCUUUAUUCAAGGAUAUCAAGAAGGCAUUCAGCAAGUCAUGGAGAAAAAAGAAGAGACUACAUCUCAGAAUGACGAGGAUUUUCAUAAGGACAAAAGUUGACCUGCUAAGCCAAAUAAGUGAGUUCCUUCUGGAUGACUGAUAAAAAUAUGAAAUUGUAUAACCCACAUUUUUUUGCUGAAAAUUUUGCAUAACCGGUUUUUUAAUAGCUUGAACCCAUGUUUUUUUUGUAUGAAGACAACCAAUGACUGAAGUUUGGGGACAGAGGGAGCAUUAAGUAUUUGAAUUAAAGUCGCAUGAUGUUU